AUGAAAACGUCGGGACGGUCGGAAGAGACUCCCGUCAAGCGGCUUGCCAUCAUUUCGGCCACCUCGACCGUGAUGGUGACGGAUACCCCGACUGGACACGGGUUGAAGGCGGUCAGAGAGUGCAGCGCACACGAAGCCCUCUCGGUAGUCAUCUUCAUGGGCCAACUGUUCUCGCUGAUGCCGGUCGUGGGCUACACCGGAAGUGAUCCGCGCCACGUGACGGUGCGUGUCCGUUCGGUGCGCUUCGUCUACGCCAUGGUCACCCUAUCGCUGAUGCUGACGCUCGUCGUGAUGCUUGUGAAUCACACGGCCCACCUGCCCGGUUUCAACGUGUCCGUAGCGUGCACCAUUCAACCGGAAAUGCGCUCCGUUUCAGCAUCGCUGGCCUAUUACGCCGUUAUCCUGCUGUUCAUGGUGGAGCUGAUAGGGUUGGCCCGGAACUGGUCCACCAUCAUGACGCGCUGGUACGAGGACGAGCUGCCGUUCCGGAGUGCCCCAUACCGGCCGCCGGUCGGGGCCCUCUCGCUCCGGCGCAAGGUCCGGCUCAUCGCGUGCGGCGUGAUUCUGUGCGCGUUCCUUGAGGACAUCCUCAACUUCAUCUCGGCGUACCAACUGAAUGGGCUCCACAUCCGCUACUGUCCGCAUCGGAGCGGGUUCUGGAAGAACUUCUUUCACCGCGAGCAUCCGUACGUCCUGCGGGCCGUGUCCUACAAUCCGGCCAUCGGUUGGGCCAUCGAGUUGACGAUGCGCGUGGCCAAGUUCACCUGGCACUUUGUGGACGUUUUCAUCAUCUGCCUCAGCCUGUGUCUCCAGCGCCGGUUCUUGCAGUACAACGAGCGGCUCGAGCGGAUGGUCGGACAACCGCAGUCGGUGGGCGUUUGGCGCGAACUGCGACUCCAUUUUGUGCGCCUGACCGAGUUGCUCCGGUUCCUGGACGGGCGCUUCUCGCGGCUCAUUCUCGUGUCCUGCGCCAACGACAUGUUCUUCAUCACGAUGCAGCUUUUCAACAGCUUCGACUUGAAGCCUACCACCAUGACGUCCAUCUACUUCUGGUACUCGCUCGCCUUUCUGAUGGGCCGCUGCUUUCUGAUGCUGUUCGUGGUGUCCUCGGUUAGCAGCGCCGCCGAUCGGCCGCUGGAAACGCUGCGCCGGUUUCCGAGCUCCAACUGGAACCUGGACCUGCGGCGACUCUGCGACUCGGUGGCCACCGCCGACAAUGCCCUCUCGGGCAUGCGGUUCUUCUACAUCCGGCGGCCCCUCAUACUGGCGAUGGCCGGUACGAUCAUCACCUACGAGCUGGUGUUGCUGGAUCAGGUCAAGAACAUUCCGGACAACACGCGGGACUGUACCUUCUAA